ACCAGACGCUCGCACCAGGAACAAGAACAGAACUCAGCCUUAGCUUCACGAACAGAUAUCCUAGCUCAAAUGGCUGGAGCUGGAGGAAAGAGCAUGGGAUCGUAUGAUUAUCUCAUCAAGCUGAUGUUGAUCGGUGAUAGCGGGGUUGGCAAGUCGUCCCUCCUUCUGCGCUUCUCAGACGACUCGUUUGACAUGAAUUGUACCCCUACGAUCGGAAUUGACUUCAAGCUUCGCACGAUUGAGCUCGAUGGGAAGAAGAUUAAGCUCCAACUUCUCGACACAGCAGGACAGGAACGCUUCAAAACCAUCACUACUGCUCACUAUCGAAAUGCCAUGGGUAUUCUUCUGGUGUAUGACAUCACGAACGAGCAAUCCUUCAAGAACAUCGAGGAAUGGCUUAAGAACAUCGAGAAGCAUACCUCCCAACCCGUCAACAAGAUCCUUAUCGGAAACAAGACAGAUCUUGGAGCGCAGCGAAAAGUCAGCACCGAGGAGGGAAGGAAGCUUGCUGAGCAACUGAACAUGGCCUUCUACGAGACCUCGGCCAAGGACAAGAGCAUGGUUGACGAGGCUUUCUUUGCUCUCACCAGAGACAUCAAGAAGAGACUUGGGGAGCAUCCAGGACCCAACAAGUCGACGGGAACUGUUCAGGUGUCCAAGCAGGAGGAGUCUUCGUCUGCGGGGAAGAAGAAGUCAUGCGGAGGCUGCGCCUAGGAGCUGCGGGAAAGGCGAACAUGACAACACUCUGAUGACAGGUAGCGGCAACGGCUUUCUGGCACCACCACUCUAUAACUUCAGCAUAAACCUCUCUGAGAGAUAA